AUGAGCAACAAGACCAAAUUUGAUAAGGAUGAUAUUUUAUUCCAUCCAUCUCUCCCUGUUGUUUAUUCAAAAAUAAGGGGACUGGCCAAGGAACUUGCCGUCCUCGGUAAAAUCGACUUCGCUUCCAAAAUUACAGAUCUUCUACUGUCGCAAAAUCGUACAGAGCAUGGGUUCAGUCAAAUGCAGUUCCUGAAGUUUGCCUUCGAACAAACAGGUGACUGGCCAUCUACCAUUCCUGAAUCAGCACGAAGCAAGGACGCCCUAAAUGAGCUCGAGAUUCCGGCCUCAGGCUCAAUGGAUGAACAAAGAUACAAUGAGCUCAUCAACCGGACGGAAUUAUCUCAACGAGAUCCCCCUCUUUGUCUCACCAUUGCAGUUGUAUUAUGCGAGGAACGGGGCAAGACAGAUGUAGAAGAAAUCCAACAAGAUGAGAGAGUCGUCAGAGCGCUCGAGCAGAUCACGGAGCAUUUCCACGGCUAUGUCGGGGCCCUGAUACAGCACCGUAAAAUCUGGCCCCUCCUAGCCAGUGGCGUAAUUGCGCAGCAGUUAGGGGUCGACGACGCAAAAUUGUGUGCGACGGCGGAGGACGUAGUAGACACAGUUCGCAUACGACUCGAACAAGGCCGACAGAAGGGCGAACAUGAAGGGAGACCGAUCAAAGAGCUGCUCCAAAGCCUCGUAGAGAAUACGAGGAAGAACGCAGGUACUCUCUACGAAGAGUCACAUCAAGAUCCGCCAGAGAGCUAUUUACACAAACCCGCAACAGAAAAGGAUAUCAAAGAUAUGGAGAAGCGACUCAAGAUACUUCCUUUGCCAGAUGACUACAAAGAAUUUCUCCUCGCUUCUAACGGUCUUGAAUCGGUUUACGAUGGCCAAGGGAUGACACCACCGUUAUCCAAUACUCAGAAUGUUGUGCUCAGCAACCUACAAAGUCCUGUCGAGGUUCCAUUGCAAUUGAUCGAAGAUUCAACAGGAACAGCCCAAUUGAUUCGUGAAGCCGGAUACGAUGCAUGGCCGUCAGCUACCAAGCAACUCGAGAUUGGACGAAUGAACGAGCAUGUGUACGUUCUAAUAAGUCCCUCUGACGUGAAGGCGACCAUAAAGGCCUACAGGAAGGCACUGGCCAGUGACAAAGUCACCGAUGUUAUGAAAGCAGAGACCAUUCGUGCAAUUGAGGAUCUGUAUGGCUCCCUGGAAGAUUUCGAGAAGAUGGAAUGGGCUAUGGUAUAUACCGUGGAUUUUCAACCAGUCUGCCCUGUUGGUACCUUCCGGAAUUGGUUGGAGGAGACGGUUCGCCUAUCUGGCAAGGCGUAUAAGAGUAACAGCGGCAACCCUUGUCUCGCAUACGGGUGUAGGGCGGAACAGGCGAGGCGUGGCUAA